AGGAAAGGAGGGAGUGCGUCAAAGGUUUGAGGCGGGGGUAACACUAACACCCAAAUAAAGCCCCGGGACGUCGUUCCCCUAGCGUUAAAUUGCUCUCAUUCUUAUUUCUUACCCGGUUGGCAGGAUAAGCCUUAAAUUUCUGGGAGCCCGUCCGUUCGCUUAUCCAAAAUGUCACUCGCCCCUCAUCUUCUUCAACUUCCCAUCUCCCAAUUCAAAUCCCUCAAUCUCACCUCCACCUUCCUCCAUGGCGCCUCCUCUCUACCCCAUCAUCUCUCCAACCCAACUUCAUCCUCUCCCUCUCCACGCGCCGCCGCCUUCGCUCCGGCAAUCCGAGCCAUGAGGUCGAUGCAAGGCCGCGUCGUCUGCACCGCCAACGACAAGACCGUCGCCGUCGAGGUCGUCCGCCUGGUGCCGCACCCCAAGUACCAGCGCAGGGUUCGGAAGAAGAAGAGGUUCCAGGCUCACGACCCUCUGAACCAGUUCAAAGUCGGUGACCUUGUUCAACUCGAGAAGAGCCGGCCCAUUAGCAAGACCAAGGCGUUCGUAGCCAUAGCUGCCCCUCCACGGAAUCAGUCCAAACGCAAGGAGGAAGACGAGUUCCAGGAGCUCGGGCUUCCACUAGAGUCCGAGGAGAUGUUGGCCUAGACCUCUGGCCUAUGAUGGAAUCCAAUGCUUGUACUCUAAGGUGUUCUACCAUUUGUCUGAGCCAAGGUUGUGAUAGUUAGGGUUGGGCAAUUGUGUGCAUAACAGAUGAUCAAGACGACUGCAACAGGCAUUAAGUUUAUACUCCGGUCUCAAUAUGAAAUGCUCACAAGAUUUCUCCAUCAAUAAUUACAUUUCUCACUUUUCACCCUGUUUUUAAUCUGUUAAAACCAAUUCAUGAAUCAUUUUAUGGGAGGGAUGAAGUGAUUAUUUUCAUCCGAUUGAUGCAAUCAU